CCGUACUUAGAAUCAGCAGCCAAAUCGAAGUUCAUGAUUCCUCAUUUCUUACUGCGUUUACGUUGAUCCCCAAUUAGCCCACAUACUUCCUCGUACACUAUCUCAAUUUUAUGAUGGACAUUCAUAGUUCCCGGUGGUUGUAGAUCUAUUAAGAACUGAAGGCUAGCGAGUACGUGCGACCUCAGGUAACCUACGAAUAUGAGGCUAUUAUGAGCCCGAAUCUUUAGCAAGGACCAGGGGGAUUCACAUGGGAAAGCUGGAUCAGCUCCGAGUUUCGGACCCACCAUGAAAUGUGAAAAUCACUUAUAUAUCAGGUAAACUGUUAGAGAAAUGAUGUCGGUUACUCAUUCCAAGUUAUUACGUACAUAUACCCGAUCUCUUCAAGUCGAGACUCUUUAAUCAUCAGCCACAUCUGUACCGCCACAUGACAUCUCGGUUACACACGGAUAUUGUACAUACUUACAACGCUGAGAGUUGAGCUAAAAAGAUUCGAAUCGAACCGAUAAUAAAAUUAUAAAAGAGACUUUUUCUUCUUAUUAUUUCUAAGAAAAUAAAAAAUAAAUUAGAAAGGAUAUAACAAAUCAAAAAUGGCGUCUCAACUAUCUACGAGCAAAAUAUGCUUCAUCGGCGGCGGGAACAUGGCCGGUGCGAUCAUCGGAGGUCUCGUGGCCAAGGGCAACGAAAAGCAGAACAUCUUCGUCUCCGAGCCGUGGGACCAGAACCGGGAGAAGAUGGCGGCGCUGGGCGUGCGCACCACUGAAUCCAACGCCGUGGCCUCUAGCGACGCGGACCUCCUCGUCCUCGCCGUCAAGCCCCAGGUCACCAAGGGCGUUGCCCAGGAACUCGGCGCCGCGUGGGCCAAAAACACCUCCCUCCCUCUAAUUGUCUCAAUCGUGGCGGGCAUCACGCUGGAGAGCCUGAAGGAGUGGUUCGCGCUACCCGACGGCCGCACACCCCACAUCGUGCGCGUUAUGCCGAACACCCCCGCCCUGCUCGGCGAAGGAGCCUCCGGCCUCUUCGCUAGCGGCGAUGUGUCGCAGGCUGAGAAAGACCUCGCUGCCUCGCUUCUGGCUAGUGUUAGCAAGGUCACGGAGUGGCUCGACAAGGAGGAGUUGAUUGAUGUUGUCACAGGUAUCUCUGGAUCCGGACCUGCAUACUUCUUUGCCUUCGUCGAGCACCUGAUCGAGAGCGGCGUUGGCCUAGGACUCACCCGGGAGCAAGCCACGCGGCUGGCGAAGCAGACGUGCUAUGGCGCCGGAAAGAUGCUGGUUGAGUCGUCCUCGCCGCCGUCGCAGCUGCGAAUCAACGUGACUAGCCCCAAGGGCACCACGGAAGCUGCGCUGAAAAGCUUCGAGGCUUCGGGACUCAAGGAGUCCGUAGAUAAGGCCGUCAAGGCUGCAACUGACCGCGGCAAGGAGCUGGGCGUGACACUGGCGAAGUCGGAGUCGUAGGGGGUGUGCUGCAUCGAUCGAUCGGGAUAUUAGACGUCGAGGCAUUAAAAUUUGGUUCGUCAAAAGUUAAGGGAAUAGGGAAAUUAUUAACGCUAGAUUUACCCGUCGCAAUAUAAAGAAAAAAAAGUUUACACAAAGGAUACAUGCAAUGUUGCUAUCUACAAGAUACCUAUUAAGCAGCGCCUGAUA